AUGGUGGAAGAAGAAUGGUAUGAAACUACUAGAAUGGUUGCGAAACAUACCGAAAAAGAAAAUAUAGAAAAAGUUUAUUCGCACACAAAUCCUUUUAUAAGAAAUUUUAUCAGACGAUCUAUUAAAGGAGGAAGAGUUUCGGCAAAUAGAAAAUCAUUUGAAACGAACAAAAUGGAUGAAAUUUGUAACGUAUUAAAGGAAUAUAUUUCACAAACAGAAAGUAAUAACAUAAUUGAUUUAUUCAAAGAAUACAGCGCAAGCACAAAAGACAAAACGGAGGUUCAUUCGAGACUUAAAAAAAUAGAAUGUACUAAACUAAUGGCAUUUGAUGCUAACGGUUUAUACGCUUCCGCCAUGUCGGAUUUAGACAGUGAAUAUCCGAGAGCCGAAAGUGGAAGACCGUUUCUACCAGAAGAAGAAAAAGAGUUUGUGAUGCUGUUCAAUAAACAAAAAUUCAGACCUAGAACAGCUAUUUUAACAGUGUGGUUUGACUACCCCAAAAACAUAGAUUUAAGAAAUAAAUAUAAACGAGAAGGUAAUAUCGUGGGUAGUAACUGCAUGAAAUUAUUAGGUAAUUCCUUGUAUGGCAAAUCAAUUCAGAAAGAUUUAUUCACAACUAGACAUUUAUGGAAUGAAGCAACUUUACAGGCCAACUUUGAUUCACCCGUUAAAACCUAUGAGAAAAUUAAUGAUACUCAAUAUAUUGUUGAAACGGAAAUUGAAGAAAAAGAGAUUACUACCGAAGAUAGUAAAUCUACACGACUAACACCUAGUCAUUUGGGAUCAUUCGUUUUAUCUCACAGUAAAAAAAUAAUGAACAAUUUCAUUCACAUCAUAAAUGGAUUUUAUAAACCCGAAAUAUACUAUACCGACACCGAUAGUUUGUACAUUUCAUCCAAAAAUUGGAAAAAACUAAACAGAGCUGGUUUGGUCUCCGAAAAAGACUAUUGCAAAGGUAAAAACGAUUACGGUGACGGUGGAAUUAUAUUUGGUUUAUAUUUAGCACCAAAAGUCAAAUACAACAUCGUUUUGACUUCUGAUGGUGUCUUAAAAGAAAAGAAAACGUUUAAAGGUUAUUCUAAUGAUAAGAUAAGUGUAGAAGAUUACGUUCAGUUAGCAAGCGGACAUGAUGUGUCGAACGAAUUUAAUAAACCGUGGGAAAAAAGUUUCACCAAUGGAGUAGUUAUUCCAAAUGAUAAACAAACUACAGUUUUCCGAAGUUAUUUGAAUAAUGUUAAAAGAAAACCACCAAACAGUGAAGGAAUUAUGUAUCCUUACAACGACAAAGAUGAGUAUAGUUUUGACGAAAACUAUGAAUUUGAUGAUUUCGACUAUCUUUCUAAUCAAGAAGAGAAUGAAGAUUGUUUUAAAUGA